ACAUAACUGAGUGUGCCUUACAGUUCCCAGAGCCGUACGUGUACUGGGACACACUGAUGAAGAUAUGCGUGUUUGUCUUUGCCUUCGUCGUGCCUGUGCUCAUCAUCACCGUGUGCUACUCCCUCAUGGUCCUGAGGCUGAAGAGCGUCCGCAUGUUGUCAGGCUCGCGGGAGAAAGACCGCAACCUGCGGCGGAUCACGCGGCUGGUUGUGGUCGUGGUGGCGGUGUUUGUGGUCUGCUGGACGCCAAUUCACAUUUUCAUCCUGGUGAAGGCGCUCGUGAGCAUACCGGAAACCACCGCCAUCAUGGCCGCAUACUUCUUCUGUGUGGCUCUGGGCUACACAAACAGCAGCCUGAACCCUGUCCUGUACGCCUUCCUGGAUGAGAACUUCAAACGCUGCUUCAAAGACUUCUGCCUCUCGGCCAGACUGAAGGGGGACAAGGUGUCAGGGAGCAAGAAGACCCCCAGCAGUGUGCGGGAGGCCGCCGUUCCCCUGGAGAACCCUGAUGGGACUAGAAGGCCGACAUGACUAGCAGUGGAGCUGUCUUCAAUUUCCCACAUUGGAAAAGAAGACUCACAUGACCUCGGCCUAACACACGUCACAUCUGCAAUGUAGUUUUGACUCUAUUACAGAAUAUAUUUUCAUUAUAACAUGGAGUUUAAUCAGUGCCAUUACUAAUGCGAUUUCAUUUCAGAGAUCAAAUGAAAGGGUCUGUAACGCCCGCCAACGUUUUAAACCACAAACAU